AUGCAACAGAACGAUUACAUGCAACAACAACAUCAAUUUUUACAUCAGUGGUUUAAGAAUGAAAGAGAAUAUGAAAAUAAAAGAAUUUUGACGAUAAAUAAUAUGGAUGAAUUACAGUAUUUGUGUGUUAAACCAGAUGAUAUAAUCAUUUUACAAGCACAAAAUGGCAAACCAAUAAAAGUUAUUGCUAAUAAUAAACAAACAGACGAUCUGCAAACAAAACAGCAACACCAUCAAUUUCAUCCACAACAUCAUCAAACAUCAUAUGAUCAAUAUCCAUUGACAUCAUCCGUUAAUCAUGAAUUAUUAUCAUCAACACUCGAAAAUGAACAACUAUCAAUGUGGCCUCCCGGUGACGAACAAUGGUAUAAACACGAAAUGAAACAACAACGUGAAAUUUUUCUGAAAGCCACAUCGACAAGAUUAGAAGCUGAGGACGAUAAAACAUCGCAGGAUAUUACCCAAUCACAAAUGGAACUGAUGAUGAUGAGACAACAAGUUCUAUUUAAACAACAACAACAGCGUCUACAAUUGGAGCAUUUAGAACUAAAACAUCGUCUUGCACUAGUUGAAUUAACAUUAGAACGUCAACAACAGCAAUCAUCGGCCGUUAUCCAACAAACCAUCAUUAUUAUUGAUAAAUUGAAUGAAGUGGUAUAUAAACAAAAAGACUCUAUUAUAGAUAUUGAUCAAAAACCAGGUAUUAUUCUAAGACCACAAGCGGUUCAUCAAUCAAUAACAAUAUCUGAGUCAUCAGAUCACUCAGUGGCAUAUCCCUGUCCAUCAUUAUUGACAAAAUCAGGAACUAUUGGUGAAAAAUUAUUUGAACACCAACAUAUUAAACGGAAAAUGAAAG